AUGGAUCCCGAAACGGUUUCAGUCGAAAUCUCUAGUUUUGCGAUGCAGUUAAACAACUUUACUUGUUGGACUCUACAUUCUAGAGUAAAAGAGGAAGUGGAAAAAACUUGUUUCAAAUAUUUUACGAGAUUCCCGACGACUGAAAUUAAAAUCCCUAAGCAAAUGAUCGUCGCUUUACUUCGCUUUUAUGAUUACAAUGAAGAACACUUUGUGUUUGGGGAUACUAAAGUUGAUCUUGAAGAUAUUUCAGGAUUUGAACCAGGGGAUCCUAUUGAGACAAUAGUAAAUCAUUUGUCCCUACAUCCAGUUGAAGCUAAUGAUUUGCUAUUGUCUAAUAAGAGAGGAAAAAAGUCUCAUAAUAUAAGUUUAAAACGUUUGAAAGAAAAAUUUCAGAGUAUUGAUGUUACUGAGGAGAAUGUAUUUGCAUUUGAACGAUUCAAAUGCCUUCGCGAGAUAUUUAAUUUUGCUAUACCGAGUCGAUUUCCGUUGAUGUUGGGAUGGGCGAAUGAAACAAGUGAGAUUCUUAGGAAUAGAUCUUUAAUGCCUACCAUGGAAACUUGCUUUUAUAAGCUUCGUGAAAUGGCGGAUGAAGAUGUGGAUUUGUUACCUUAUAGUAAGAAUGUUCUAGAAGCUGAAUUGGCCGAUCAAUUCAAAUAUCAAAGUUGGAUGGAGGGAGAUGUUGAUGAACGUGAAACCGAAUCCCCUCCUAGGUGUAAUUUGCCUACACCUCGAGAUGAAGUAAGUUCAAGCCCCUUCUUCGACUCUUCUCUAUCGCAUGAAGCCUUAUCCAUCCAGACGCCUCAGGAAGUCUUAUCCUCCCAGAUGCACUUUUUAUCUUUGACGAACCAAAAUUUGGAUGGUUGUGAUGCUCAUAUUGUUGUUGCCCCAGGUGCUGCAUGUCUGCCUCUGCUGCCCCAACUGGCCUCAGAUUCUAUUAGGCACUUGGAUUAUGUUAUUUAG